AUGAACGGCAGGUCAAGAAGAUAUAGCGGAGAUGGUCGUGUUCAACACAGAAAAAGACUUGGGAAAAGAGAACUUCAUCCUGGAAGGCCUGAAGAUGAAAGUAAAUUUAAAAUGAUAGUGCGCCCUCUCGGAUUUACCGUCAUGGUAUGGUUAUUGCAUUUGAGGACUUAACCUUUUCUUCUUACCCCUGAAGAUUGUUUAAAAUUGCAUUUACCCCUGAAGACAUCCAAGAAGAAAAUGGGUCAUACCCCUCAAGAAUUUCAUGAAAAUUAAAGCUUCACGGUUCACCCCCAAGGAAUUCCAUAUUAUUUUUACUCUACUCCUAAAGAAAUCCUCGAUUUUUCUAACUUAUCCCGGAGGAAUUCCAUUUCCGGGCAAUAAAAAACCUGCAUUUCAUUACAUAGAGUGUCAUACAGGGGGCUUGUUGUCCCUGCAUGGUUCAAAGAUGAAAAAAGCUAAUGAGGAAACAUGGAUAUCAAAAUUUCAUUGUUUUGGUAUGGUACCUGAUACCUUUUUUGUCUAGUUUUUACAAGAAGAAAAAAGUGGGAAAGGAGUGUCUGAAAAAAAAAAAGAGCAAAGUGGCGAAAAGGAAAAGAAAGACUGCAAAUAGCAAAUAAUCAUUCUUAUUGUUUAGAUGUUUCUUCUUUAUCGGUACAUCUUCCAGAGGUCUCAGCACCGAAAGUGUUUAACAGUCAGUGCAUAAUUGAAUGUUCAGGUUUGAUUGCUGGUAUUCAUUGAUUGAUAGCCUGCUUGGCAGGGGUUUGAAAGGAAGGGAAAGGGUAAGGAGAUUCCAAGAGUGCAAGAAGCGCAAAAGGUACUCGAGGAAGGGCAGAGGGGAACUCCUUCCACCCACCUCCUCUCUUGGCAGACUCGCACCCAAAUUCCCUUCCACACCUCUUUUGAACGCCACGCAGGCUAAUUGAUUGAAAGUGAUCUUGAUUGGAGGGAGGUUAUGUUGCUUGCUUAACAUGCCUCUGAAUUUUCUGUUUCAAGACAGGUGCAGUCAGUUUUGGAGCAUGUUCAAUUCUUCAGUAUGAAAAAGUUAGAAGUUCUUACAUCCAUAAAAAUCAAGCAUAUUUUCCUAGUACUGGGUCUAAAAAGCAGUUUGGUAUUAGAGAUAUGGUAUGUGUAGAGUUAUUACAUGAGUGUUUCACUGUUUAUUACCACUUGCGAAUGUUUAUCAGUUAAUAGUCACUCAUAACCACUAGUUUUCCAGAUAGCUACGAGCUUGAGCAUUGAUUUACUUUCUUUCAGUUCAACAAAUGGUGGAAUUCAUUACCUGACGGAUCCAAGACAGCAUCAGUGAUUAUCUUCCUUAAUACAACAGUUUUCUUGUUAUGGAAAAUACCUCAGAUGCAAAAUUUUAUGUGGAAAUGGUUUACAAUGUCUCCUGGUCCAGGUUAGUCUGGAUGAUAAUAGCAUGUGUGGCAGGUGACAAAAGGAGAAAGGCAAGGCGGAAUUUAGACACGCAAGAGGGUGAAGAGUGUGCGAGGAGAGGAAAAAAGGACCCCUUGUGCACCCCUUGCACUCUCAUGUGCCGAAAUUCUCCAUUUCUCUUUUCCUAUUGAAGCCUGCUACGCAGGCUUUGAUGAUCAUAAUAUAGGUGGUGGACUGAGAGGAAUUAGAGGUACAAUUUUUUUUUUCAGGCUCAUCUGUGAGGUUAUUAACAAGUGCAUUUAGUCACAUGGACUUCUGGCAUUUGGGCAUUAAUAUGUUUGUUCUAUGGAGUUUUGCUCCCCAUGUUGAAGGUAUGUUAACAAACUAGCAUGUCCACAGAUGUUUUUCUUUUUUCUUUUGACAAUUUGACUGCGUGUGAGCAAGCCCUACCCCUUGCCCUUGCUGUCAAUAAGUCUCCUGAGGAUUCAUUAUUCCAUAUGCCUGCUCGACAAUCUCUCAAGAGAGAAAAAGAGGGUCUGUGAACAGGCUAGUAACAAACUGAAAAGAGAAAUUAUUGAAAAGAUUCACAUGGGCUUCAUAAGGUAGAAUUUCUUUUCAGAAACAUGUGGAACAAGCAUGUCUAUCAGAGGAAUUAUUGUGACUGUCUUUUUCAGUGGUUAGUCUGUGUACCAUGAACCUUUUUAUGUUUCUGUUUCAGCCCUUCUUGGUAAAGAACAGUUUAUAGCAUUUUAUAUCACUGGAGGUAGGAUUAUGACAAAUUUUAGACAUAUUUUUUGGGUACUGUAACCCUUUAAGUCCUAUAGUGACCAACAUUACUCUUCUCCUAACACUGAUUUUCUGUACAUAAUCGUGAGAAAAGCUUAUGAGGAAAAAUCAAAUAAUCACCAAGUAAGAGAUGCAUUGAUCUUUUAUCAAAUUCUCUCAACUUAUUCUUCAAUUAAAGGUAUGGAAAUUAGAGCAGAGAAUUUGCAUUUUUGAUAUUGGGUUUUGAAGUGUUAAGACCUUUGCAAAUUUCUUAACAAGGCAUGUUCAUGUUCUUAUUUUUCCUAGGUGUGUUUGCUUCUUUUGCUAGUACUGCAUACAAAAUUAUCGUGACCUCAUCACCUCUGGGUGCUUCGUUAGGAGCGGUAAGAGAAUGGAGGUUUAUACUAUAAACAUGUGGAAAGUUUUUAUUCUGUGAUGCAAGGAAGAUAUGGUCAAGAUUGAAUCAAUGACAAUCACAGCACUAGGCUUAAUAAAAGGGGUAUCUACAAUACUUUAUAACAUAACAAAAUAAAGUGUGCUUUCCUGUGAUCAAUUACCUAUUUAUCAUUUGCCCAUGAGUGGUAAAUAUACAGCUGUAUUAGCCUGCAUGGCAGCCGUUCGAAAAGGGAAGGGAAAGGAGAUUUUGGGCGCGGGAGAAUCAAAUAUCCUUCUCCCUCUCUUUUGAACGCCUUCCACUUAGGCCGCUAAUACAGCUGCAAGACAGUAAUUCAGUGGUGUGCUUUUUUUUAGUCAGGGGCUUUGUUGGCAGUUCUGUCAUUAUGGUGCAUUCAUGAACCCGACACAAGAUUGGCUAUCGUGUUUUUACCAUUUUUAACAUUCUCCGCUGGAACGGUAAGUCACUUCUUGCAAUUAUUCCCAAUAUUUUUUUUGAACAAGUCUUAAUUAACUGGGCUGCCUCAAGGCAGAUCCAGUUUAUAAAAUGGGUAGAUUUCUCUGUCAACAAGUGAACACUAUCAGUUAUUAACUCAGUAUCCCAGAGGGCAUUGCAUGAUCCAUAAAGCUGAUUUUCUUUCUAAAAUGCAACACACGGCAUUAAGAUCUAAAUUUUGGAUUAGGGUAAAGAAGACUCGUCUGACGAAAACAGGAACUUUGAGAAUUUGGCAUGCAAGUUCGUCUCAUAGCUUCACUCACUUACUUUCUCUUACUGCGUUUUUCACAAACACGCGAACUCUAAAGUUUGAAAGCCACCUUCCCAAUAGCUUUUUUCGCUGCUGUCAAUCUAGCCUCCCAUGCAGGCGUUUUUAGGGGAGCUCGUAUUUCUUCCCUCCAUACAAGCUUCCCUAAAAAGGCCAGCAUGGGAGGCUACCGUCAACCAUAAUUACGAUCACAAGCAGCGAACCUUGAAACACAGAAACACACCAAACCGAUCGAAAUCCACCAAUCACAGAUCACAAACCAUGACCUUUUGAACCUGUUUAAGUAAAGUUCUGUUUCCUGAGAGGUCCGCUAAGAUGAUUGACGGCACCGAAAACUGCCAAAAUGCACCGUAAAAGCUGUUCCCUGUCUGUUCUGGUUAACUUAUCGCUUUCGUGCAGUGCAACAAUUCUGUAUAGUCUAGGUUGUCCCGAACAGGUUUCUGACAAAUAAUCACUCUCGAUAUUGUUGUUUACGGUCACAGAUUCCCCAGGUUCUCUCACGUCUUGAUCUCUCACUCAACCUAACUGAUAAUAUUGCAUAAUUACAAAAGUCUUCCAAAAAGGUACAAUGUUCCAAUGAGUUUAUGUUUCACUCUCACUUGCACUUGAGAAUCUAUGUCACACAAUGGUCGGCGAAAUAUAUUUCGAAGAUUUUAAAACUUCUAGAACACUUUUAUUUUUACAUUUUACAUUUCUUAUACGUGCGUCGAAUGUGGUAAAGACGUGAUGUCUUAUUUUGCAAGUAUUUCAAGUUAUUUGAACACAUUCCUAGUCUCGGCGUUUACAGUUUCUCAAAAAUAACUAUACAAAGCUUGGUCAAAUAGAUCCAUCCUGCCUGUUCAGGUAGCCAAUCAGAACGCCGGAUUCACUUCAUCUUGCCCGCUCGCGGAGCCUGCCAGCCAUAUAAUUAUACUCACUAUUCUUUACUUUUAGGGCCUCGUAGCCAUAGCUGGGUUCGACUUGGCCGGAUUAAUUUUUCGUUGGCAGUUUUUUGACCAUGCGGCGCAUUUGGGAGGCGUUUUAUUCGGAGGGUAAGUGUUCCACAAGUAUAUCUAGAUCUGACAGCGUCAGAACAAGGACCCUUUGCUAAUCCAAACACCAAAAACAUAAACUUGACCAUCUUUUCCUUCCUGACCUCCGCAACCGUUAAAGUUAUACUGCUUUUACUUGAUGAGAUGCUUGUCUAUCACAAGUUCACUCUUCCUUCUCCCCCUUUCAAUGCACACCCCCAAAUAAUCUCGAUCUCCAUGGUCUUUCAAGUCUCAAGGGCCCAUUUUCCAGAACAGUGUCAGGAAAUCGAGAAAAGGUUAGCGCUCAUUCUUGCUUUUCAUGUCUGAAAGCAUUACUCGCCCUCUCGUUUACAGAGGUAAAAUCCUAAAAAGUGCGGAGGCUAGGGGCUGGAUUAAAGCGCAAGCGGAAGGAUGGGAUGGAAAAGAUAGAAUUUUUUUUUUUAACCAUCGAACCAUCGUCCUCGACGCACUCGCUUUUGAAUUUUUUAUCCUCCUGUAUGUUUUAUACUUAUGCGGAGGACAGUUUUUCAGUUAUCCCAAGCAAGCGGGCCGUUUACUGCAGUAGCAGUAUGAGGAUUGUCAGUUGGACGGAAAUACUUAGAAAGGAAUCUUUUGACACCGCCUCAUUUGCACGAUAAUAUGCUCCUCCAGACCUUAACAUUUAUAUUCUCUUGAUUUAAUUUAAAAACUUAUCCUGUUUUUUCCAUCCCUUCUUUUCUUUUUUAAACAUAGAUUGUACCUGAAAUAUGGUCAUCAUUAUUUAUGGGAAAAACGGACCUGGCUUAUCUCUCACUGGCAUAAACUUCGAGGUGGUAAUAAAAGAUCUUAAACAUUUUCCGACACCGGCAGAGUGAAAGACCUGUUCGUAUAUUUUGCGCGAACCAUUGUUGCACCGUUGCUGGGUUUCCUGCGCUAAUCACUGGGCUCACUCAUAUGUUUUCCAUCGUUUUGCACCCUAUUGUACCUCAGGUUUCCUGAUCUUUUCAUCCAUUACUUAAUGUUAUUAAUCAUUCCUUUACUAUAAAGGUUGACACCCUCAAGCCUCAAAUGUUUAUUUAAGCGGGGAAGCACUCCGUUUCUUUACGCCCCUGGUAAAAAAUUUACCUCUAACGGCGAUUUUGGUACAAC